AUGAGAGACCAGGAAGAGUUUAUCGUGUCAGUGGGUGUGAUCCCGGAGGAGGAAGCGUCAUCGAACAAUACAACAAAGUUUGAGGUAAGUUUGUAACGAAUUAAAUUAACUGCUACCUCAAAGAGGAACCAAAGAAUCAGUGCGUGAAAAACACGCCCACGUUAUACUCUGUCUGUUAGCUUUCUAGUUUUACUUCAGCGGUCAGUUUUGGUGUUAUUGUGGCCAAGGUCUUCGUCUACUGUCCGUGAGUUUUAUCAACACGAACUAUACUCUCACUAUACUCAGUGUACUUUGAUGGUCUUAAACCUCUUUUUUAAUCAUCCAGUCUUGUGUUUCCUGGUUUUCGAAGGUCAAAUCAAACACGAACUUCUCUUUACAAAAACCUGAAAUCAACAAUUCACGUUUAUCGCACGUUCACUUGCUCACGUUCUCUUUACUUCACGUGCUACAACCGGGAAAAACACCUGUAACUGUACGUCCUGGUCGCAUAGCAACAGCCUUUUGCGUAAGGGUUAGGUUCGUCAGUUUAUAUAGUUGUUUUUCUGUGUAAAAUAUCUCAAAUCAUCAAGAACAGAUACCGAAAUAUAAAACACCAAUAAUUUUAGAGUCACGCUAGGCUUGUUUCUUGUAGAUGUGUAUUAUUUCAGUCCGUUAUUGUGAUUUUCCUGUAAUAUAUAUUCCCAAGUACCUUAUUCACUGCAGAAAUGUAUGAUGAGGUUGAAGUAAAGCUUGCAUUUGGCCUCACCUGUCUGAGCUGAGCAUCAUUUUUUAGUCUCUCCAUGUGACUGUCCCUGCUGUUUAGUAGCCCUGCAGGACUAAAACAGUGAUUAUAUGAAAAUAAUUACUUUUCAAACCAGAAAUACUGUCACCUCAAGUCUGUUAAAGCCUUGAAGUGUAGGCUACCCUUGAAAUUGAAUGCAAGCAAAGGCUCGAUUUUUGUUCCACCUUCCUCACAAAUUACAGUUGCCAAAAUAUUUCGAUCAUGCCUCUUUUGUUGAUAAUUUCAUGGUGUAUAGAAAAGUUGCCUCGAGAUUCCAGUUGCUCAGAUUUCAGGGCAUUUCUCAGAAAUCUUUGCAGACAUCAUUUCUCUCAUUUCUCUGAAGAGUAUUUUUAAGAAUUUCUCUGCCCACACAGGUAUUUUUCACUCAUCCUGUCAAGUUAGACCUCUUUUGACGUGCUGCAGGGUCCCAAAAUUGCCCCCUUUCAUUAUUUGACUUUCAUUUUCUUAAACAAAGGCUAAUGUGAGGCCUCUUUAUUUGUUUGGCUUUAUAACCCUUUAUUAUAAAUAUGUCAUGAAAUCCUCCUGAGCCCAAGUCCAAUCAGGGGCAGGGGCUUUCACAUUAAGUACAAAGUCAGACUAGAAAUAAGCGAAUUGAACCUAUUAUUUAAAAUUGUUUUGUCAGAGUUUUAUGUACAUUUUCAUCUGAAAUGUUAUUGUCCAUCUAGGCUGUGUAUUAGCCUUCAACUAAAACCCUUGAAUAAGUUGUUGGAGUGGUUAUUGGAGUGGACUAGAUAACAGACAAACAAGCACAAGUUCACUGAAUGGCUAAAAAGUAAAUUUGCAUCUUUUAGGAAGCACAUUGUUGAGUGGAUGAAACAUUUCCACCUCAAUGUGAGAUGAGCUAUCCAGGGAAUACUAGAGGUUGUCUUUUGGCAGCAGAAGCGAAAUGAUAUAUUUUAAGCUCCUGAUGAUCACUUAAUCCUCAUACAGCUGCUGAACAGAUCUCACAGUGUACUUCCAGAGCACCGAUAGAUAGGAUAGCAUAUAAUUACAUACUGGCUAAGUUGUGUAGAUUCCUGUAGACCUAACAACCAAGCAUACUGUGUAUUAGUGAAAUAUGAGGACACUCAUAUAAUCCUGCUCAGAUGAUGCUCUUUCCACGCAGAGCGCUCUGCAUCCUGUGCAUGGAGACAACACCAAGAGUUAGCAACCAGCUUCAGUGCUCCAUUCAGAGUACAAGAGUCAGGCUGGGGGAGGGGAGGACUGAGAUUAAACAUGUUUUUAUGUAAUGAGCAUUUCUAAAGGAGGCUGGGGUAAAAAAGGGCAAAGUGUAGUGAGGUCUUAAAUGCCAGGAACCAGAGGACAGGCGUGGUUUUAAUUCCAGGAGGAGCCAUUAAAGUGUCCGUUACAUGUCUGGAAAGUUUUAUGUAGAGAAGUUAUGUGAUUCAUUUUUACUUUUGUUUCAUCAAGGAUUUAAUCACUUAUUAAAUCCAGAAUAUGUUGAAAAUUCAGUAUCAUUGCUAUUGUAACCAUUAUGGACUAUGUCAAAAAAUUCAUUACUUAGUAAGUGGUCUGAAAAAGAUGUAAAGCUUUUUACAGAUAAAUAAAAUUAAAGUUUUGUCUUGAAAUAAAUGCUUAAGUUUAUAAUAUUGAGCUCGUAGUGAUGGAAACUCUUAAAUUCUCCAGUUUCAAGAUUUUCACCAGGUUUCCGGUGUGUUAUACUGACUGAAAAGAUGUUAUUCCCAGACUUUUUAUGCCUUCAUGCAAAAGGAAAGGAUGGUGGACAGAGCAGGUAAUGGGAGGAGAGAGCCAGGAGUGAUGUGCUGUAAAGUAGCUGCAGGACUGAAUAAAACCCGGGCCGUGUGCUUGUGGCAAAACCUCUGUACAUGGGACACAUGCCAGACUGCUAUACCAGCAGCACCCCUGUAUAGUUCAUUCUUAAGUCUGAAAUGUAUAAACCCUCAAAGAUUUGUUACAUGUUUAGUAUUUACUGAAUGUGUUAUUUUAACAGUGAAUUAUAUCCCUGCUACAGUGUAUUUAAUAUAAUCAUGAAUAUUGUGAAUUCUUGCUGCUUCUUAAUCCUUUAGCAGUCAAAUCCUUUUUUAGGUUUUGGGUUUAUUCGGGUCUCCUAAUAUCCUCAUGUGAAAGGGUUGUGUUAUUAUGUAAUAAAAGCAUUUCCGAAAAAAAUCCCCAAAAAUGUAAAAGGCUCCAAAAAGCAGUCACUUAGAUUAAAGUCGAAUCUAUUGAUUUGUGCUGCUUCAUGAAGGAGAUGUGUAGUAAGGUUACACAAUAGUCACGCAAAUGUUAAAAUACCCACUCAGAUGAAAAGAAAUUACAUUGUCUGUCUAAUAGCUCAGUGACCGUUUGAUACACAAUGAAAACAUAGACGUCAGUGUUCAGAGGGAAAAAACUGCAGGUGACUUUGAAUGGAAAGGAGGACUCACCAACCCUGAUGUCAAUGGAGGAGAUUGAAACCAUACAGGUUUCUCAGACUCCACUGAACUUUAACUCUCUGAAACCAACACUUCUGGAUGCUACAGGAUGUUGUCUGAUGACUUUCCUUGUGGUUUCUACCUCCUUGCUCAAGGUUUACAUAAUCAUUCAACACAGAUUUUAUGGAGGGCUGCAAACACAAUUAAUGUGCCAAUAUUUUAAGCUCCGGUUUGUAUCAUAAUGAUUCUUUGACAGCUUUUAAUGCACUACACUUCAGUGUCUCUUUUGAAGAUUGUCCUCUCAUGGCUGAAUCUCUGUGCUGUGUGUCUCACUUUGCAUCCAGAGAAUGGCAGACACGACCGUGGAUGGUGGGACAUGGACAGGAUGUGCGGUUAUGUUCCUGCAGUCACUCUGUCCUGGUGUGGACCUGCUCUCUCUCUUCAAAGACCGGGAUCAGGGAAAGUUUAUUGUCUUUAAAGUUAUCAAGCUGACACUUAUAGGUGAGUACUGUGUUUAAAAUCUUAAAGGCAAGUCUAUUGUACUAAAUAAGACACUUGUUAGGCCUGUAAAGUCACAGUUAUUAAGCAUAAUUUUCCAUGGUCAGACUCUGCAGGAGGACUGGGUGGUUAUGAGAUACUUAAAGUCCACGAUGCUGAUCCUUUCCUGGGGGUGGAGGUCAAGUUUUUGGAUGAGGGGGCAUGUCAGCAGUUUCUUGAGAGCUACCGCUCUGGUGCCGUGCAUCAGUUUCUUUCCCAACAUGCGUGCCGGCUUCUGGCUCUUUCUCAAGAGCUAACAGUGGAAACUAAGCUGAGAGCCAGCACACACAUCCUGGAUCUGUAUCUGGACAAGCUGGAACUUUGCCUGAAGCACAUCCACCUGUCACAGGUAAACUCUAAGUGAUUUAGAUUUAGUUUCAAAGUUUGAAAGAAUAAGUUAUUUUCAAGAUAGUCAACCUGACUUUGUGUUUGUGUCCGCUGAUCCCCACCACAACCUGCACAACUCAGCAUUUUGCCUUUGCCUUCAUGAGUUGGAAACAGUGAUGUAAAACUCAAAGCAAUUUAAAGGCUUGAGAACUGACAAGAAACCUAAAAUACAAACACUGCAGCAUGGUUGGUAUUUUGGAGGUUCAGUUUCAUUUUUAUCAGCACACUGAUUUUGCCUCAGAUUGUUUUCUGUUUGCAUGAAACAUCAAAAGUUGAGUAUUUCUUUGUUUCUGACUGUAAAAAGUACAUGUGUAGUAUAUACACAUACAAAUGUAGUAAAGAGUUAACAUGUUAUAUAUAGAUAGACAUUCAUUCAAUAUCUUUGCUCUCUGUCAUGCUGCCUCAGCCUGAGCGUCUACGUGAUGAAGAGAUCGAUCACCUGGAGCAGCAGCUGCAGACUCCAGCCCUUGGUGCUGCCCCUCAGCCUACCACCAUCACACAAGAAGAGUCUACUGUCCCCAGCAACUGCUUCAGGUUUCAGAACAAAGUGUUUGGUGAGUCAUCUUAACCAUUUCUACGUUUGGUUCUUUUAUAUUUUGUCCUUCACAAAGUUGGUGUCAGACUGAAGAUCGAAGACUGAAGAAAUAGCUUGUACAACACAGACAGCAUUUGUUGUUUUUCAUGUGAAUAGAAUAGAAGAAUUCAUUUGGGCUUUCUACUUAAAAAGUAAAGUGCUGAAAAAUGUCUGGGUAGAGCAUGCACUUAAAGUGAGAGGGUUGCUUGGGUCAUAAAUAACGUUGCAGAGUUGGGCCGGUCUGCCACAAAUGGUAGCAUAUCUAGCAUCCUGUCCUGCCUGCAAUUUCUGAGUAAUGCAACAUCUAUUGUGGCUAGUACACUUACUAGUAACAUGAAACUCAUACAAUCUCACUUCAGAAAUACUGAAAUGUCCCUUCAAUUGACCAUGAUGUUGAAUAUUAAGUUGACAAACCUCUGUAUGCAAGUGUAGCUGACAAUCCAUUCAUACACACCCCUUCUCAACAAGGCAGUCUGCUUUGAGAUUAAUAUUGCAUCUUUUUUAAGGCCACAAGCAGCCAGGCCCAGAAUCCAGGCAUCCAACCCAUUGUGCUGGAUUUUUGACACACCAUGAGUUCAUUGAUGUUUGGUAGAAAACUCACAAAUCCAUCCAUUUAUGGAUUAUUGUUUAGUUUACAGACAGAGAUUGAAACCAUCAGAGAAGGUAUUUGGUUUGCAUUGAUUUAAACUCACUGACUUUAUAUUGAAGCUGUGUAAUUGACAUUAAACAUGUCCUCAAGGUUAAUGUAAUUUCCUAUACUGCCUAUGCAGGGGGAAGUCUAACCCCUGAGUGCCGUUUCAGCCUUUGCAGUUCUGUUUUAUAUGUGGAUUCUGAAAACUGGUUUACCAAGUGAAUAAAAAAAUAAAGGGACUGACGUUUGAUACAGUUAGAUCCAUGCUGUAUUUCUACUUACUUAUCAGAGUACUUAUCACACUGGCUGAAAAAGUUCAUGUUGUGUGAAUUGAAUAUGACCUGAUAUAAUGAAUCAGAUUUUUAAACAGCGGUACAACACUAGACUAUUCUGUCCUAAUAGAGAAAACUCCGCAAGAGCAAGUGAAAUAUCACCAAACUCAACAGCCCACAUCAUCUUCAAGGAGUAUUUACACAUCGCUUACCUCCUUGUUUCGGUUUUAUCUCUUGGAACUUGUCCAUCUGGGCUCACUGUUAGUGCUCUCAUCAGUGUCGUAAGGACCUCUGAUAACUUUACACAACUUGUCAGGCACCAAACAGCAGACUGAAACUCCAUCAAAAAGAAGAUGUUGAAUAGAGAAAGGUAUUCACAGUCCUCAGAAACUGCUGACCGAUUCAGGGCUCCGAAAGGAGUGAAUUUUAUUCAGACAGACACAAACUUAGUGUCAAAUGAAAAUGAGGGUAUCUUCUUGUCUGCCGCCUUGUCAUCUGAAAAUAAAAACAGUUUGCAAACAUAUUCUCUUUGUUCAGAUUUUAGGAUUUGGUUUGAAGCUUUUAUGACUGUAAGUGGCAUUCAAAUUAGUGAUUUCUUUUUUUUUAUCCAAGGCCUAGCAUUUAUUAGGAAAAUCUUUUGUAAGGGUCCAGCAUAUCAUAUCCAUAAGUUAUUGUAUUAUAAGAUAUUAAGUAAUUUCUGUUGUUAACAUAAUCACAUUUAUACAACAUCUGCAUUAUUGUCGUGUUUUUUUUUUUCGUUUUUUUUUCAUCCGUCAGAGGACCGCAAGCUGACAGCAGCUGAUGUCCAGAGCUUCUCCAAUGGAGUGGGCCGUCAGUGGAAGCAUGUAGGGAGGGCCCUGGGGAAGAGCUGUCGGGCUCUGAAGGGUCCUGCCAUAGACAACCUGGCCUACGAGUAUGAGAGGGAAGGGCUGUAUGAGCAAGCCUAUCAGUUGCUCAACCGCUUCAUUGAGGCAGAGGGGAGAGCAGCCAAGAUAAGCCGACUGGUCAAAGCACUGGAGGACUGCAAACUCACCAACCUGGCUGAGAAUAUUUUGGACCCACAGACCUGAUCGUGACUCUGUGUGCUGUCAAUCUGUGGGAAUCAGGGGUGAAAACUGAGAGGGACCGUUUCUAUCUGCUCUCUACAGUUCACUGUGUUUUGCUUGCUUUUACUUGUAUGCGCAGUACACUCUAAAAACUCUUGGGUUAUUUAUUCAACCCAAUUCCUGGGUCAUACAUGUCGAGUUAAAUUUCUGGGUUAUUUUUUUAGAUCCAUACCCAUUUCUUGGGCCAUAUGGAUUCUAUUUUAACCCAAUUUGAGGGUUUUUUGAAUGGGUUAAUAAUUAUGGAUUAUGUUUUUGAGAGUAACUCAAUAAUUGGGUCAGAAUGUUGAGUUCGAUUGACUCUACGUGGUUUCUUCGCCUAAUGGUCCCCCAAUGCAUAUAUCAAUUGAACCUAAGAUUAUGAGUCAAAUUAACUCGAACAUUGGGUUUACUUGACCCUUAAAAAGGGUUAAUGAGUCAACUCAAAAUUUAGGUUAGUUUGAACCCAAGUUGGGUUGUUUUUAACCCAGGGGUUUUUAGAGUGUAUGUUGUUCCUGAUUGAUGUCUGACUCAAAUCAUUCCUGAAUGUGUGUGCAGUGUUUUUAUAUAUAUAUAUAUAUAUAUGUGUGUGUGUGUGUGUGUGUGUGUGUUUGUGUGUGUGUGUGUGGGUGUAUGAGCAUUGUUCAGACAGAAUAUUGAUUUAUAUCUUGAUUGGCUUUCCAAUUAUUAGUGUUUUUGUUUUGUUUAAAUAUGGACGAAAUGAUCUGUCAUCACUGUCAUAAAAAAUGCUGUCUUGAGUUUAAUGCACUGUUUAACCUGUUUUCAUCAUGUACCUCUUUUUAUUUCUGCUUUUUAAGUCCAUUAAUGGGGCCUGUUGGGUCUUGUUGCUAAUGAGUUCACAACUGAAGGUUAUUGAUUUUUUUUUCUACGAAAUGGGUUUAUACAAAUUAAAUGGUUUGAAAAAAGUCUUCAUGUUUGUGUUUGAUGCAUUAGUGUAAUUAAACUGGAAACAUAAUUUUGUCAAAA